GAACAAUGACUGCGCCUCCGGGUCCCCGGGAGCGCGUCGGAGGACUGUGAAUAGCUGCCGCCGGGAGAGCGGCGGGUGGCGCAGCCUCGGCCGCGCGGUGUCAACGCCGGGCUCGGGAGCCUCCAGCGCAGACCUUGCCCAGCGCCUGCAGCCCGCGCGGAGCCGCCGGGCUCCAGCGCUGCAACCGCUACUCGGGAGCUGUGCAUUGUUGUGAGUCGGAGAAGGGGCGCGGGGAUUCCAAAGCCCGAAGACCCCGGACCCCUCUCUAGCCAUGUGGAUACCUACGGAGCACGAGAAAUACGGCGUGGUUAUUGCCAGUUUUCGAGGAACUGUCCCAUAUGGCCUGUCAUUGGAAAUUGGAGAUACAGUUCAGAUCCUGGAGAAGUGUGAUGGCUGGUACAGAGGAUUUGCCUUAAAAAACCCAAAUAUCAAGGGUAUAUUUCCUUCCAGCUACGUUCACUUGAAAAAUGCCUGUGUAAAGAACAAAGGACAAUUUGAAAUGGUUAUUCCCACUGAAGACUCUGUUAUCACAGAAAUGACAUCAACAUUAAGAGACUGGGGAACCAUGUGGAAACAACUCUAUGUGAGAAAUGAAGGCGAUCUCUUCCACCGGCUGUGGCACAUCAUGAAUGAAAUCCUGGAUCUGCGGCGGCAGGUGCUUGUGGGGCAUCUCACCCAUGAUCGGAUGAAGGAUGUGAAGCGCCACAUCACCGCCCGCCUGGACUGGGGCAACGAACAACUGGGACUGGACCUGGUGCCUAGGAAAGAGUACGCCAUGGUGGAUCCAGAGGACAUCAGCAUUACUGAGCUCUACCGAUUGAUGGAGCAUCGACAUCGGAAGAAAGAUACCCCAGUGCAGGCCAGCAGUCACCACCUCUUUGUGCAGAUGAAAAGCCUCAUGUGUUCCAACCUGGGAGAGGAGCUUGAGGUCAUCUUUUCACUCUUUGACAGUAAAGAGAAUCGACCAAUCAGUGAGAGAUUUUUCUUGAGGCUGAAUAGAAAUGGGCUUCCCAAAGCCCCAGAUAAACCAGAACGACAGUGCUCUCUCUUUGUGGAUUUGGGUAGCAGUGAGCUAAGAAGGGACAUCUACAUCACCGUGCACAUCAUCCGAAUUGGUCGGAUGGGGGCAGGAGAAAAAAAGAAUGCCUGUAGUGUUCAGUACCGACGACCCUUUGGCUGUGCGGUUCUUAGCAUUGCUGACCUGCUGACAGGAGAGACAAAAGAUGACCUCAUCCUGAAAGUGUACAUGUGUAAUACAGAGAGCGAGUGGUACCAAAUCCACGAGAACAUCAUCAAGAAGCUGAAUGCACGUUAUAAUUUGACUGGCUCCAACGCAGGUUUAGCAGUUUCCCUACAACUCUUGCAUGGAGACAUUGAACAAAUCAGAAGGGAAUACUCAUCAGUAUUUUCUCAUGGAGUAUCCAUCACCCGGAAGUUGGGUUUUUCUAAUAUUAUUAUGCCUGGUGAAAUGCGGAAUGAUUUAUACAUCACUAUAGAAAGGGGCGAAUUUGAGAAAGGAGGAAAGAGUGUGGCCAGAAAUGUGGAAGUUACGAUGUUCAUUGUAGAGAGUAGCGGCCAGACCUUGAAGGAUUUUAUCUCCUUUGGCUCUGGAGAGCCACCAGCUAGCGAGUACCAUUCCUUUGUGCUUUAUCAUAACAACAGUCCCAGGUGGUCUGAGCUACUGAAGCUUCCUAUCCCUGUGGAUAAAUUCAGGGGAGCGCACAUCCGCUUCGAGUUCCGGCAUUGUUCCACAAAGGAGAAAGGAGAGAAGAAGUUGUUUGGCUUCUCCUUCGUCCCCCUGAUGCAGGAAGAUGGUAGGACUCUUCCAGAUGGCACUCACGAGCUCAUUGUGCAUAAGUGUGAAGAAAACACAAAUCUUCAGGAUACUACCCGCUACCUCAAACUUCCUUUUUCCAAGGGCAUUCUCCUUGGGAAUAAUAAUCAAGCCAUGAAGGCCACGAAGGAGUCUUUUUGGAUAACAUCUUUUCUCUGUUCCACAAAACUCACACAAAACGGUGAUAUGCUUGAUCUUUUGAAAUGGAGAACCCACCCAGACAAGAUCACAGGCUGUCUCUCUAAAUUAAAAGAAAUUGAUGGCUCAGAGAUAGUAAAGUUUCUGCAAGAUACACUGGAUACCUUGUUUGGAAUUUUAGAUGAAAAUUCCCAAAAAUAUGGGUCUAAAGUGUUUGAUUCUUUGGUUCACAUAAUAAAUUUGCUGCAAGAUAGCAAAUUUCAUCAUUUUAAACCUGUAAUGGACACUUAUAUUGAGAGUCAUUUUGCUGGGGCACUUGCAUACAGAGAUCUCAUCAAAGUGCUCAAGUGGUAUGUGGACAGGAUCACAGAAGCGGAGAGACAAGAGCACAUCCAGGAGGUGUUGAAGGCCCAAGAAUAUAUUUUUAAGUAUAUCGUUCAGUCUCGAAGGCUGUUUUCCCUCGCCACCGGGGGCCAGAAUGAAGAAGAAUUUCGCCGCUGCAUUCAGGAGCUCCUCAUGUCAGUCCGUUUUUUUCUUUCACAAGAAAGCAAAGGGUCUGGAGCGUUAUCUCAAUCACAGGCUGUGUUUCUGAGCUCCUUCCCAGCUGUGUACUCGGAGCUGUUGAAGCUCUUUGAUGUCCGGGAAGUGGCCAACUUGGUACAGGACACCCUGGGCAGUCUGCCGACCAUUGUGCACGUGGAUGACGCCCUGCAAGCAGUUAAACUGCAGUGCAUCGGCAAAACCGUGGAAAGCCAGCUGUAUACCAACCCAGAUUCCCGGUACAUUCUCUUACCUGUCGUGUUACAUCACCUCCACAUGCACUUGCAAGAACAGAAGGACCUGAUCAUGUGCGCUCGGAUCCUUAGCAACGUAUUUUGUCUCAUCAAGAAAAAUAGCUCAGAAAAGUCUGUGCUGGAGGAAAUAGAUGUGAUAGUGGCCAGCCUGCUGGACAUCCUGCUGAGGACCAUAUUGGAGAUCACCAGUCGACCACAGCCAUCCAGCUCCACCAUGCGUCUCCAGUUCCAGGAUGUCACGGGAGAGUUUGUUGCUUGUCUCCUGUCCCUGUUACGGCAAAUGACAGAUAGGCAUUAUCAACAGCUUCUUGAUAGUUUCAAUACAAAAGAAGAACUAAGGGAUUUCCUGCUGCAGAUAUUUACUGUGUUCCGAAUAUUGAUACGCCCAGAGAUGUUUCCAAAGGACUGGACUGUCAUGCGCUUGGUGGCUAACAACGUUAUUAUUACAACAGUUCUGUACCUGUCAGAUGCACUUCGUAAGAACUUCUUAAAUGAAAACUUUGAUUAUAAGAUCUGGGAUUCCUACUUUUACCUUGCAGUCAUUUUUAUAAACCAGUUGUGUCUGCAGUUAGAGAUGUUUACACCUUCCAAAAAGAAAAAGGUGUUAGAAAAGUAUGGUGACAUGCGGGUAACGAUGGGUUGUGAAAUUUUCAGCAUGUGGCAGAACCUAGGAGAACACAAGCUUCAUUUCAUCCCUGCCCUGAUUGGCCCCUUCCUGGAAGUGACCUUGAUACCCCAGCCAGAUCUCCGGAAUGUCAUGAUUCCUAUUUUUCACGAUAUGAUGGACUGGGAGCAGAGGCGAAGUGGCAAUUUUAAACAGGUGGAAGCCAAGCUCAUUGACAAACUGGACAGCCUGAUGUCAGAAGGCAAAGGUGAUGAAACAUACCGUGAGCUCUUCAACAGUAUUCUACUAAAGAAAAUUGAGCGGGAAACAUGGAGGGAGAGUGGUGUUUCAUUAAUCGCCACUGUAACUCGUCUAAUGGAGAGGUUGUUAGAUUACAGGGACUGCAUGAAAAUGGGCGAGGUAGAUGGCAAAAAGAUUGGCUGCACCGUGAGCCUCCUGAACUUCUAUAAGACUGAACUGAACAAGGAAGAGAUGUAUAUACGCUAUAUCCACAAACUCUACGAUCUGCACCUCAAAGCACAGAACUUCACAGAGGCCGCGUAUACUCUGCUGUUAUAUGAUGAGCUGCUGGAAUGGUCUGAUCGGCCCCUCCGGGAGUUCCUGACCUACCCCAUGCAGACAGAAUGGCAGCGCAAGGAGCACCUGCACCUCGCCAUCAUCCAGAACUUUGACAGAGGCAAGUGUUGGGAGAAUGGCAUCAUCUUGUGCCGGAAGAUUGCAGAGCAGUACGAAAGUUAUUAUGAUUAUAGAAACCUGAGCAAGAUGAGGAUGAUGGAAGCCUCUUUGUAUGACAAAAUUAUGGACCAGCAACGUCUUGAACCAGAGUUCUUCAGAGUUGGAUUUUAUGGGAAAAAAUUUCCAUUUUUCUUAAGAAAUAAAGAGUUUGUGUGUCGAGGACAUGACUACGAAAGGCUGGAGGCCUUCCAGCAGAGAAUGCUGAACGAAUUCCCCCACGCCAUCGCCAUGCAGCAUGCCAACCAGCCCGACGAGACCAUCUUCCAGGCAGAAGCUCAGUAUUUGCAGAUAUAUGCUGUGACUCCCAUCCCGGACAGCCAGGAGGUCCUGCAGAGAGAGGGUGUCCCAGACAACAUCAAAAGUUUCUAUAAAGUGAAUCACAUCUGGAAAUUCCGCUACGACAGACCAUUUCACAAAGGCACUAAAGAUAAAGAGAAUGAAUUCAAGAGUCUCUGGGUGGAGAGAACAUCAUUAUACUUGGUGCAAAGUUUACCCGGAAUUUCCCGCUGGUUUGAAGUGGAGAAGCGUGAAGUGGUAGAAAUGAGUCCUCUUGAAAAUGCAACUGAAGUAUUGGAAAAUAAGAAUCAGCAGCUGAAGACUCUGAUUAGUCAGUGUCAGACAAGACAGAUGCAGAAUAUUAAUCCCCUGACCAUGUGCCUGAAUGGAGUUAUAGACGCUGCGGUUAAUGGUGGAGUUUCCAGGUAUCAAGAGGCAUUCUUUGUCAAAGAAUAUAUCUUAAGUCACCCUGAAGAUGGAGAGAAAAUUGCACGGUUAAGAGAGCUGAUGCUUGAGCAGGCACAGAUUUUGGAAUUUGGCUUGGCCGUGCAUGAGAAGUUUGUACCUCAAGAUAUGAGACCACUUCACAAAAAGCUGGUCGACCAGUUCUUUGUGAUGAAGUCCAGCUUAGGAAUACAGGAAUUCUCUGCUUGUAUACAAGCCAGUCCAGUCCAUUUUCCUAAUGGAAGUCCUCGCGUGUGUAGAAACUCAGCACCUGCUUCUAUGAGCCCAGAUGGUACCAGGGUAAUUCCUAGACGCAGCCCAUUAAGUUACCCAGCUGUCAACCGAUAUUCUUCUUCCUCACUGUCCUCACAAGCUUCUGCUGAAGUAAGCAAUAUUACAGGGCAAUCAGAAAGCUCUGAUGAAGUCUUUAACAUGCAGCCAAGUCCGUCUACCUCAAGCUUGAGUUCUACUCACUCUGCAUCGCCUAAUGUGACAAGUUCUGCUCCGUCGAGUGCUAGAGCUUCUCCUUUGUUGUCUGACAAACACAAACAUUCCAGAGAAAACUCCUGCCUGUCCCCGAGAGAGCGGCCAUGCAGUGCCAUCUACCCGACACCUGUGGAACCUUCUCAGAGGCUGCUGUUUAAUCACAUUGGAGACGGGGCCUUGCCACGCAGUGACCCCAAUCUUUCUGCGCCUGAGAAAGCUGUGAAUCCCACCCCUAGCAGCUGGAGCCUGGACAGUGGGAAGGAAGCCAAGAACAUGUCGGACGGUGGGAAACUUAUCUCUCCCCCUGUCCCUCCAAGACCCACACAGACUGCUUCACCAGCAAGACACACGACGUCGGUAUCCCCAUCGCCUGCUGGGCGAUCUCCACUGAAGGGAUCCAUGCAGUCUUUCACCCCCUCUCCGGUGGAGUAUCACUCCCCAGGACUCAUCUCCAACUCUCCCGUCCUGUCCGGCAGCUACAGCAGUGGAAUUUCGUCCCUCAGCCGGUGUAGCACGUCGGAAACCUCAGGCUUUGAAAAUCAGGUGAACGAACAGUCGGUGGCGCCGGGGUCGGGGUCAGGCCACAGCGGGUCUGAAGAGCUGGUGCGCAAGGAGAGCAAGACGCCGCCGCCGUACAGCGUGUACGAGCGGACUCUGCGGCGCCCGGUCCCGCUACCUCACAGCCUGUCCAUCCCCGUCACGGCGGAACCGCCCGCCUUGCCCCCCAAGCCUCUGGCGGCGCGAUCGGGACACCUGGAGAAUGGGACCAGGAGGACGGACCCCGGCCCGCGGCCCAGACCCCUGCCCCGGAAAGUCUCCCAGUUAUAAGAAGUCCCUUUUCUAUUUCCCUGCCAUGAAUUCUCUGCCGUUUACAAGAAAUAAGAGGUAUGGUGAGAAGACAUUUAGUGUAGGCACUUUAAUAACUUACUCAGAUUUGUCCUUAGAUGAAUGGAAUUAAAACUCACUUGUUAAUAGAAUGUUGCACAAUAUUAAAAGUUACUGAUCUCAAACGCCAGGUGUUCCAAGUAUGGCUGAACUUUCAUUACAGCGUUUCUCAUUUGGAAGUGAUAAAUAGUAAUAAAGCCUUCUUUUGUA